CAGAGCUCCGCGCAGCCACGAAAUGGUGAGAUGCUACCCGCCGCGUCCUAGCCACACUGUGCCCCAUCACGACCUCCGAAAAGUCAGAGCUCAUGUCCAGCGGUCCCCCGAGGUGGAGGUGGCAGCAGGGGGCCCGAGGGUCAGCCCCCACAGCUGGAGGGGCCCAGCCCCGGGGGCCUGAGGAGGAGAGCCCAUUUCAGGUUGCACUUCCCCCAGCUGGCCCUGCGGCGGAGGCUGGGCCAGCUGAGCUGCAUGUCCAGACCUGCCCUGAAACUGCGCUCCUGGCCCCUGACCAUGCUCUACUACCUCCUGCCCUUCGGCGCCCUCAGGCCACUCAGCCGGGUGGGAUGGAGGCCUGUGAGCAGGGUGGCCCUGUACAAGUCCGUGCCGACGCGUCUGCUGUCCCGGGCCUGGGGCCGCCUCAACCAGGUGGAGCUGCCGUACUGGCUGCGCAGGCCCGUGUACAGCCUGUACAUCUGGACCUUCGGCGUGAACAUGAAGGAGGCCGCUGUGGAAGACCUGCACCACUACCGCAACCUCAGCGAGUUUUUCCGGCGCAAGCUGAAGCCGCAGGCCCGGCCUGUCUGUGGCCUGCAUAGUGUGAUCAGCCCGUCGGAUGGGAAGAUCCUCAACUUUGGGCAGGUGAAGAACUGUGAGGUGGAGCAGGUGAAGGGAGUCACUUACUCCCUGGAGUCGUUCCUCGGCCCUCGCACCUGCACGGAUGAGCCGCCCUUUCCACCAGCCGCCUCCUGCGACUCCUUCAAGCAGCAGCUGGUUACCCGGGCAGGGAAUGAGCUCUACCACUGUGUCAUCUACCUGGCCCCCGGGGACUACCACUGCUUCCACUCCCCCACCGACUGGACCGUCUCCCACCGGCGCCACUUCCCAGGCUCCCUGAUGUCCGUGAACCCCGGCAUGGCCCGCUGGAUCAAGGAGCUCUUCUGCCACAAUGAGCGUGUGGUCCUGACCGGGGACUGGAAGCACGGCUUCUUCUCCCUGACGGCUGUCGGGGCCACCAAUGUGGGCUCCAUUCGCAUCUACUUCGACCGGAACUUACACACAAACAGCCCGAGGUACAGCAAGGGAUCCUACAAUGACUUCAGCUUCGUGACACAUGCCAACAAGGAGGGCAUCCCCAUGCGCAAGGGCGAGCACCUGGGCGAGUUCAACCUGGGUUCCACCAUCGUGCUCAUCUUCGAGGCCCCCAAGGACUUCAACUUUAAGCUGAAGCCCGGACAGAAGAUCCGCUUUGGGGAAGCCCUGGGCUCCCUCUAGCACCUGCCUGCUGGCUGCUGAGGGUCUGUUUUCAGGAGGAGCAUGC